UUCUUAGGGGGCAAAUCAUCGUCACCUUUGAUUUAUUGCUGUUACAUUUGACUACGUUCUCGGGCCACCUUGGAACCUGCAUACCUUGGUGCAGUGGCAGCAGCAGCAGGAUAUCUAUCCGCGCUUUUGAUACAGACAGCUCUGCCAGGUUGCUCCAUCUUGAGAGGGUGUUGACACAGCCCGCGCUUGUCUGAGCCGCAUUCAGACCCUCCAUACGGAGUAGUCCCAUGUGCCACUCGUGACAGCGUUUCGAUAUCCCAACCGUGGUCUUUUUUUUUUUUUUGCCAUUCGCUCCAAGCGUCAUUUUUUCUGUAUAUCUUUUGGUGUCUUUACUUUAUCUAUUUUAAUCAAUUAACUGUCCAAGGUUCUUGGACCUUGACCUGCCCAGCAUGAAGGCCUCUUUGCUGGCGUGGUCACUUCUCUCGCUUGUCUCCGUCCCAACUUUCGCCGCUCCCUCCGAAGGAAACGCCCCCAAUCUUGAAUCGAGAAAUGAGCAUCUCUUCAAGAGAGGUGGAUCGUCCGAGAAGGUUGAUCCGAGCACACUUCCGAGCACCUUCAAUGGCAUCGAAGUGCCUCCGCUCAAAGAGCUGACCCCGGAAAACUUCGAGGAGACUGUUAAGGAUGGCUACUGGUUUGUCAAGCACUACUCUCCAUCUUGCCCCCACUGUACGGCAGUCGCUCCAACAUGGCAGACCCUGUAUGAAUACUACUUUACUUCCGAUCCUUUGUCUUCCUCGUCUUCGAAAUCCUCUGAUACUCAAUCGCUGAAUUCCUUCCACGGUUUCUAUAACUUCCAUUUCGCGUCAAUGAACUGUCUUGCCUACGGAGAUCUGUGCAAAAAGCUUCAAGUUGAUUAUUUCCCUAUGUUCUCGCUUUACCAAAAUGGCGAGCUCAUGGAGAAAUAUGAAGGAAAGAAGACCAUGACGGACCUCAGUGAGUUUGUGGAAGAGAAACUGGAAUUGAUCAGACCUGGAUCUCGUCCCAGAAGAGGCAUCAAGCUUCCAGAGCCAGGUGACAAGGAAGUCGAUACGAACGCUACGCCGGAUAAACCAGCCGCUAAGGACAAAGACCCUGGGGCGGGUACCAAAGCUGGUGAGAAGCAUAAGGAACAGGUUGCCCAGCUGGCAUCUCAGGAUGUCAAGAAAACUUCUAGCACAAAGUCGAAGCCGAACUCAGCCCCCGCAAACCCCCAGGGCAUGUCUGUUCCCCUCACUGCUGAGAGCUUCCAAAGGCUUGUUACUACCACAAGAGACCCCUGGUUCAUCAAAUUCUACGCGCCGUGGUGUGGCCAUUGCCAGGCCCUGGCUCCCAACUGGCACCAAAUGGCCAAGGAGAUGCAGCACACUCUCAACGUUGGAGAAGUCAACUGCGACGUCGAAUCUAGACUUUGCAAGGAUGCGCGUGUGGCUGGCUUCCCGACAAUGUACUUCUUCCGCGGUGGUGAGAGAGUCGAGUACCAAGGUCUUCGUGGUCUUGGUGAUCUGGUCAAUUAUGCCAAAAAGGCUGUUGAUGUCGGCACUGGCUUCCGGGAUGUCGAUGCAGCACAGUUCAAGGCACUGGAGGAAACCGAGGAGGUUAUCUUCCUCUACUUCUAUGACCACGCCACGACAUCGGAGGACUUUGCGGCUUUGGACCGCUUGACUCUCAGUCUUGUUGGACACGCCAAGAUUGUCAAGACUGACAGCGCGGCUCUCGCGGAAAGAUUCAAGAUCUCGACAUGGCCUCGACUUCUUGUAGUCAGGGACGGGCGUCCAAGCUACUACAACGCUCUUGCUCCUAAGGAUAUGAGAGACUUCCGACAGAUUCUAUCCUGGAUGCAAACCGUAUGGUUGCCAAUCGUCCCCGAGCUUACAGCCUCCAAUGCACGUGAAAUUAUGGAUGGCAAGUAUGUGGUGCUUGGCAUCCUUAGCCGAAGACGCUCAGAUGACUUCAUUCAGUCCAAGAGAGAGCUCAAAAAUGCGGCGCUUGAGUGGAUGGACAAGCAGGUCCAGCUAUUCCAAUUGGAAAGACAGGAACUUCGCGAUGCUAAACAACUACGCAUUGAGGAAGCUGAUGACCGUAAUGACCAGCGCGGAUUGCGAGCCGCCAAGAACAUGCGUAUCACGAUCCGUGAGGACGACAAGAAGCAAGUUAGAUUUGCUUGGGUGGACGGCGACUUUUGGGAGCGCUGGCUGAGAACUACUUACGGCAUCGAUGUAGAAAAUGGGGAGCGAGUCAUCAUCAACGACGAGGAUAACCGACGCUACUGGGACACCUCCUCUAGUGGAGCUUCUAUCAUGGCCUCUCGUACCUCCAUCCUUGAAACCAUUCCUCUUGUCAUUGCCAACCCGCCAAAGCUGAGCCCUAAGUCUACUGUUGGAAGCAUCGAGUCUGCUUUCUUCUUCACUCGGUCUUUCAUCUCCGAUCAUCCGAUCAUCUUCGUCCUCUUGUUGAUUAUCUCUGUGGCUGCGGUUACCUUUUUGGCCCGGGGAAGAAAGCGCGGAGCUCUUGGCCGAGGUGGCAUCCUGGGCGCUGCUAGCAGCAGCGGUGGCUUCUUCCAGCUGGAUGGUAAGGAAGGUUUGCUGAACGGCGGUUCUACCGGAAAGGUAGAUUAAUGAGUGUAAGAAACAUGUACAGUUAUUCUUUUCCUCUUCUUACUUCCUCUUGUUUUGUUUCUUUGAGCUAUCUUGUUGCAUCUGUUAUAAAUUUUCAAAAGGUUCUUUUUCCGUUGGAGCUAUACGUGUAGACUAUACAGUCUCAUUCCAAAGCUUCAGAUCAGGGAUGCACUGGCAGAGUGCAAAUGAUUUUAUCUCUUUUGGCUGGUCGGGGUUAUGGCAAUUUCUGAUAUUACUGGGCUUGCUUGUAUCUUCUUUAAUAAGUACAUCGUUAAAGAACAAUUAUAUUAUAUUUUCCAAAG